UGUAGGAAAUUGUAGUAGUACUUACCUAUAGUUGCAUGUUUUUUUACCCUUUUUGCCACCAACUUUUUCACGACAAAUCCAUUUAUAUUUGUCAAUCGUGGAUUGAUCUUUAACCAAUUUCAUAAAAUGUCCACGAAGACAUUUUUGUUCCGUUGGCAAAAUGCCAUACUCUUGUAAUUUUGUGAUUAGACCUAAACCGUCGUUUAGAUCUGACCACUCUUUAAGGUCAAAUAAAUUAACAUGUUUUUCAGCUGCCAUAGUAUACGUUACUUUAAUGUACUCGCGUUAGUAAAGAAAAACGAAAUGAUCGUUAAUAUUUUGUACGUGGUUAUGAAAUCAUGCAAAAAUUGACAUUUUUUGUUAUCGAAAAUGUAUAAUACGUUAGAUAGGUAUACCUUAAUCUACAAUUAUAUGCCAUAUGGUGUUUUAAUGGAACAAUAAACCUAAUAAAAUGAGUUAUUUAUAUAAUUAUUUAAGUUUUCGUAGUUUUUUUUUAUACAAUCGAUCGAGGUACUCCUCGAUAAUUCGAUGCAUCAAAUAUAUAAUAAUAUUUUGAAUGUACUUACUACUUAAUCUAUAAUUUUAUGGUAUUUAAUGGAACAAUAACCCUAAUUAAAUGUGUUAUUUAUAUAAUUUUAAUACAUUUUUAAUUUAACUUAGUGAUCUACUUUAGGUAGAUUUGGAUAGCAGAUCGAGGAAUAUUUUUGUUUUUAAUUACCUGAGAAAGUGAAUAACCUCGCUCCGCAAUCUCCAUAAAAGCUCAAAUUUAUAAAAAAAAAAGUGCAAAAAAACACUUUGUCCGUGCUGGUGUUGAACCCUGAGCGUCGCGCGUGGGAACAGUUUCCGUGACCACCGCGCCAUAAAUAAAUUUGACGUAAAGUUUCGACCUAACUACUAUAUAAGCUAAUUGUGAAAAAGCGUUUAACUUCAUAAGGCUAUAACUUAAAAACUAAGUCCGUGCCCUCAAUUCUGACUUCACCAACGUUUUUUUUGUUAAAAAAUGACUAAGUCCCCCCAAAAAAAUGGCCAAAAAAAGGGGUGUCCGGUAUUGUAUAAAAGUUCCUGUAUUAUCUAUGACUGAAGCCGCCGUAAUCAUUCUAGUCCUCGCGGAUUUAUCAUCAUGAUAAUGCGCGUCGCGAAAACAAAACAAACGAUAAUAACACUACCGUUGAGGUGUAAUGUUUUUGUCGGAAAACAGCCAUGCCGGGGAUUGGAGGUACUAUUUUUUAAAUUCGAAAACUAAACGAUUGCGACGAAAUCCCACUUGCGUUUAAGUACGAAGACGGUAGAAUUGAAUCUGACAUUAUGGAUGCAAAAAAGUUCACUGUAGAUUAUGUUUCCAAAUACAUAAGUUUGUUGGGUAAACAACUGCAUAACGAUCAAAGAGCUAUGGCGCCCUUAAGGGUUUCUAUUUUAUGUUCUCAGCACAAUCAAAACAGUCAACUAGAUGAAAUCAAAUCUAUGAAUACAGAAAACGGUUGCCAAUACUGUUUAACUCCUUGGAAGUAUGGCAAUUAUGUUUUAAAAACUCUUCCAAAAAAAAAAUAUAAAAAUGGUAAAAUUCUAAAAAAGCAUUCUACAUCAUUUAAUAUGGUAAUGAAAUGCUUGGUGUGCUUAAAUAAAACCAGUUCUGUGUAUAAGAAGAAUAAAAUAUUAAAUAUAAAAUCUACUAUAGAAUUGCCAAAAGUUUCAACACCAAUUAAAAGCGAUGAAAAAACAUCAAAAACUGAAGAAAAAGUUGAAAAUAUGGUUAAAAAUAAACCAAAGAAAAAAAAAAGAACCUUGUAUGCUGGCUUAAAUCCAUUAGUUUUUAAAAAAUUAAUAAAUAAGAAUAUACCCAGCAAAAAAUAAUUAUAAAAAUAAAAAUCCAACUGUGAACUUAUGAUUAUGAUUAAUAACAUUUUUUACGUAAUUAAAACGUCCACCAUUUUGUCAGUUGACAAAAUAUUACAUUUAUUAUACAAAAUGUAUUAGGAAUAAUAUCGUUUUUAAUGGUGAAAUAUAAUAAUAAAUGUAAAAUGAUUUAUAUAAAUUGUAUUUUUAUAUUAUUUUAAAUAACAGGUUUAGAAAUAAUAAAAUACAAUACAACAUAAUUAAUAUUUACCAUAUAAUGCCAACUGAAAAACCAGGCUUCAACUGAUAGUGGGAGUUUGCUGUCUAGUUCUAUAUAGAAAUCUACAUAAAAAACACUUUGAAAAUAUUGGCUAAGUUAAUCUAACCUAACCUGGUUAAGUUAAAAAUGUAAAUUUAAUUUGAAAUUAUUUAUUAAAUAAUUUGUUUAGUGAA